AUGCCUCGCGCGUCCGCGCCAUCGGCGGACGGGCGCGGGGACGCCGAACGGCGUGGGCGGGCCGCCUGCGGGGCGCCCUCCCUGCGGCGGAUCCAGAAGGAGCUGGCGGAGAUCUGCCUGGACCCGCCCGCCAACUGUACGGCGGGGCCCAAGGAGGACAACCUGUACGAGUGGACGUCCAGCCUGCAGGGCCCGGACGGCACGCCCUACGCGGGCGGGAUCUUCUUCCUGGACAUCCACUUUCCAACGGACUACCCCUUCCGGGCGCCCAAGGUCGUGUUCAAGACACGCAUCUACCACUGCAACGUCAACAACUCCGGCCAGAUAUGCCUGGAUGUGCUCAAGGACCAGUGGAGCCCGGCGCUGACGGUGUCCAAGAUCCUCCUGUCCGUGAGCGCCCUGCUGAGCGAGCCCAACCCGCAUGACCCCCUGGUGCCCAACAUCGCGCAGGAGCUGUUGUCGGACAGGGAGGAGCACGACCGUGUGGCGGCGGAGUGGACCAAGCGGUACGCCAUGUCCUGA